UGGGGUGGAGCCUGCAGCGCUGGCUGAAACAUUUACAGGUGCAUAAGUAGCUAGGGCAGGGCACAGGUGAUGCACCUGUCCGGGAAAGAGCACUAGCACAGCUGUGUCACAACCUCCCGCCCGGGCUGGAGCAUGAGCUUCUUCGACCCACAGCCCCACUCCCCGCCACGCUGCAGCCCACAGUUCCCAAAUAUUGGCCAGGAGCCUCCAGAGAUGAACAUCUACUACGAGAACUUCUUCCAUCCGCAGAACGUCCCCAGUCCCCAGAGGCCGAGCACCUUCGAGACGACGGAUUACGGCGCCACUCCCAACCCCUACCUGUGGCUGAACGGCCCCUCCAUGACCCCCCCGCCGUACCUGCCCGGAUCCAACGCCAGCCCCUUCAUUCCUCAGUCCUACGGCAUGCAGAGGCAGCUCCUGCCCAACAUGCACGGCCUGGGGGGCACCGACCUGGGCUGGCUGCCUCUGCCGUCCCAAGAGGAGCUCAUGAAGUUGGUCAGACCACCCUACUCCUACUCUGCCCUCAUUGCCAUGGCGAUCCACGAGGCUCCUGACAAGAGGCUGACUCUGAGCCAGAUCUACCAGUACGUGGCUGACAACUUCCCCUUCUACAACAAGAGCAAGGCUGGCUGGCAGAACUCCAUCCGGCACAACCUGUCCCUCAACGACUGCUUCAAGAAGGUACCUCGAGAUGAAGAUGAUCCAGGAAAAGGGAACUACUGGACUCUGGACCCAAACUGUGAAAAGAUGUUUGACAACGGGAACUUUCGCAGGAAGAGGAAGAGGAAGUCUGACAUCGAGGCGAGCGCUGCCGCGCUCGGAGCUGAGAAAUCAGAGGACAGCCCCCUGACUGGCAGCCCCAAAGCUGCAGAGCACCAGGAUAUCUUGGAAAACUCACCCCCUGGGACUGACAACUCCCCUGAGAAGGAGUCUCCCCCUCCCUCGUCCAGCAGCCCGUGUCUGGGUAACUUCCUCUCCAGCAUGACGGCCUACGUGAGCAGCUCCAGCUCGGGGGGCCGCUCGGGGCCCCUGGGACUCAGCUCUGAACCCAUUGACAAAAUGGGACAGAACAUGGGAGGCUUUAAUUCCUACUCCCCCCUCUCCAGUAUCCCCAGCCACGGGGUGGGAGAGUGGUCCAAUUCCAUGCCUUCCCCUCACCUUGGCCACAGCAACUCUGUGCUCAACCAGUUUAACACCCAUUUUUACAGCAGUAUCAGCACGAACAACACACUGUACUCCAGGGAAGGGACAGAGGUUUAAAUGAAGGAUUCUAAGAUGCUAAAGUAGAGUUAUUUAUGAGAGGAAGUGACCCGUGGGCAGGUGAUUAGCAUUAGCCUGUUGUCUCUAGGACCCUCUGCACCCUUCCUUCUGACAGCCACAAGCUUGUUGCACUCACUGAAAUCACAAACACUCCACGUUUGGCAGCUCCACGUGAAAAAUCAGGGAUCAUAACAGCGAGAACAGCGAAAAGUUCUCCUCAGACACUGAUUGAGCUGCUGCCAACCAGGGGCCUCUACAGAUGUCCUUGAGAAGUUCCUGUUUGCCUUAGGCAGGAAGCUCUUUCUGGCAUGGCACUGACACUGCUGUGCUUUUUAAAGUGCUCACAGAAGUGUGGUUGUGUCUGUGAAUAUCCUCUGUUGCCAGUGUAGGCUGCCUUCACUAGACAUGCUUAGCAAGCUCUUACUUGGUCAAAGCUGUGAAGGAUCCAGAAUAAAAACUGCUGUCUAGUGAGUAACAACCAACACUUGAAGGGUGAGGGCUGUCUUUGGUUGUCUCUCACACCAGUGCAGACACUGCCAAAAUCUGACCCCCUUCCAGCCCCAGGGGAGAUGUGGCUGUGAAGGAAAGUAACAUCAGCAUGGACACAACAGGAAUAUUGAAGCUGAAGGGAAACAUAACAAAGUGCAGUGGAAUUGUCUUCUGCUGGUGCAGAUCUUAGUGCUUUCAAUUCUAAUUACAGGGUCAAUUUUUUUUUCCUUACACAUGCAAAUCUAGUCACAUAAGGGAAACAGGAUCUGUCCUGAGUAUAUCUCUCUCUCUACAUAUAUAUAUAUUUAAUACAUGUGUUUUCUAAGAAGAAACCACAUUUGCUGUAUCUCAAUAUUUUACAUUAAUCAAUUCUACUGAGUAAAGUAUUGGAAUACUGGGAUGGGGGGGAAGGGCAGAAGAAAAAGGAGGUAAGAAGUUUAACUGACUCUGGGUUUCAAUUCCAAAGGCUGGAUCUUUCCAAGUAUCAAUUGCAGAUAUUGUAAAAAGUUUCUGUACUGUAUUUUUUUGUCAUUUUGUAAAAGUCUGUACUAUUUGUGCUCGUGUAAAUAUUAGAAAUAACGCUUAUUUUUCCUACCCUCUACUGUAGCCAUAAAAAAAUUUUAAAAUAUAUACGAAGUUUUUCUAAACAAAGACUUGACUGAAAUUCCACAUUUGUGUAGAGUAAUAUCUGUAACUGGAUAACCUGCAGCAUACAUGGACAUUGAGUUUAACUGUUCACAACUGGGCACUGACCAGACUCUUGAAGUGAUAGAAAACAUUAAUACAUUGUAAUAGACACCAUUUUACCUUGAUUUUUUUUAACGCUACAAGGGUAUAGUUUUGUUACAGGCCUCCUCAGAAACAUUUUUAAUAAAGCAUUUGUA